CGCUGCAACACCCCGCACGUCACCAGCCUUAAUUAACCAAUCGACAUCGAUCCUCACGUCGUUCACGCAACAUAUUUUUACAGUGGAGGGCAGAAACCUGGGGGAGAUGGAGGCGAUAGACAGAAACACAGUGAUCCGGUUGAAUCGAUGAUUUAUAGGUGAUUAAAAAGUGUGUGAGGGGGGUUAAAGCACCGGAGGGCAUGGAACGGGAGAAGUGAUGCUUCAGCACGUUGGAAAGCUCCGAUCCGGGACCGGAAUCCUGCAGGUUUGAUCCCCUCGGACCACCGGCAGACUGAAUAGAGCCCUCACCAGGAUGUCAGGAAACUUCUCUCUGUGGGUCUCCCCCCGUGAUGGUCCUCUAAACGUCUCCAUCCUGUCUCUGAUGAAUUCCUCUUCUCCUCCGUCUCCUCCCCCCUGGAAGGCUCCCUCCUUCACGGUGGCGGCUCAGUGUCGUGUCACAGCCACUCUGGUGCUGUUUGUGUUCGCCGCCUGCAGUAACCUGUCUGUCCUGAUCAGUGUGUGCUGGGGGCGGGGCUAUCGGCUGGCUGCACACCUGCGCCCGCUCAUCGCCAGCCUGGCUUCAGCUGACCUUGUGAUGACGUUCGUGGUGAUGCCGCUGGACGCUGUGUGGAACAUCACGGUGCAGUGGUAUGCUGGGGAUGCCAUGUGUAAACUGCUAUGUUUCCUGAAGCUGUUCGCCAUGCACUCAGCGGCAUUCAUACUGGUGGUGGUGAGUCUAGACCGGUACCGGGCCAUCCUGCACCCUCUGGACUCUCUGGAUGCUGGACUCAGGAACAGACGCAUGCUGCUGGUGGCCUGGAGCCUCAGUCUGCUGCUCGCCUCCCCUCAGCUCUUCAUCUUCCGGGCCAUUAAAGCAGACGGAGUGGACUUCACUCAGUGUGUCACCCAUGGAAGUUUCCAGUAUCUGUGGCAGGAGACGGCAUACAACAUGUUUCACUUUGUGACGCUGUAUGUCUUCCCCCUGCUGGUCAUGACUUUCUGCUACACCCGCAUCCUCACCAAGAUCAAUGGCCAAAUGCACAAGAGCAAAGCAGAGGGUGAGCACUGCCUGAGACGCAGUGGAACCGACAUGAUACCCAAAGCCCGCAUGAAGACCCUGAAGAUGACCAUUGUAAUCGUCAGCUCCUUCGUCAUCUGUUGGACCCCCUACUACCUCAUGGGAAUCUGGUACUGGUUCCAGCCUGCCAUGAUAAAGCACACACCGGAGUACGUGCACCACAUACUGUUUGUCUUUGGGAACCUGAACACGUGCUGCGACCCGGUAAUCUACGGCUUCUUCACCCCGUCCUUUCGAGCUGAUCUUACCGAUGUGUUGGCGUGCUGCCGCAGUCGUCGAUCCAACAAUGCUUCGCCUCGCUCUGUGGACCGUCUGUCCGGUCGAUGUCAUGGAGUCGGAGUAGAGAUGGAGUCUGACCUGAGUUCAAAUCCUCACAGUGGAAAUCCAGGUUAAACAGACUCUGAGAUUGCUUUAAUAAACUCUUUGUCUUUAAUGAAGAUGUCAACGGUUUCAAGCUCAGAGGAAUCUAUCAGUACACAAUUGCAUGAUGAGCAACUUUGACUUCCUCAAGCUGUAAUCAUGGCUGUACUUUCAAGCUACAAUCAAGAUCCUCAAGGUCUGCACAAACUUUAAUUUAACCCACUUUCUGACAGUAAUGCCCUUACUUGUUCUCUGGGGAUCCUCAAUGUAAUAAAUUGGGAACAAGUGUGCUGCAAGAUCUGUGUGCACACACAGAUCAAUGUGUUUUGUUGGAGCUGGACAGGUUUUACCUCUCGGCUAUUAACAGAGAUCUGCAUAAGAAUGCAAAACUGUAUGCAAAAAAAAAAAUGUUUGUCUGGAAAGUUCUGGAUCUAUUUCAUAAUCAGAGCAUUAACCCAUUACGUUUCAGGAGGAAUUCAGUUGUAAGCACGAAAACAGUCCAUGUGGAGAGUGAAACAAGGGUAACACAUCAGCCCAAAUGCAAUCCAGUAACUCGGUUCUUAAUAUCUAUGUACAGAAAUCUGCAUUCAAGUUACAAUAACAAUCACAGACACUAACUCCAAAUUCAUACUUGCAUGCCAUGUUGCUAGUUGGACAAACAAGCUGCAAGGUAAGCCCCAAGAAACUACAUCGCCCCCUGAGGCUUUAUUUUGUUGGACUGAUAGCUGUUGGGUAAAGUCUGCUGUUAAUGACCAUGCCUCUCAGUUAGGAAGACGUUUUAGUCAUCCAUCUCCUCCAAAUUUGACUGCACACAAUAAGUGGGCAUGAUCAUCUCAAUGUCACCCAUCGCUUUUUUGACUGUUUUGAAGGUAGGAAGCUUGGAGCUGGGAUAAUCAUGUUUGGAUGAUAGGGCAAAACUGGAAGAGGCAAGAACUCAGAAGUCUCCAGCUAAUGCUAGUACUAGCUUAGUUAGCAUGAUGCAUCUCUACCGAUCUAAAUUCAAACGCUAACUGGCUGAAAUAAAUAUUUAAAAAAUAUAUACAGCUGACUCCUCAGAGGAACAUAGAACAGUACACUUUUCAAUGGUUUGUGAGAGAGACGUGUCAAUCAGAGAUGGCCCCGCCCUAAGUCCUCCACUGCUUUCUGGUGUCUCAUUUGUUGUUUUUUUAUGUAAACAAAUAGUCAACAGAUCUUUUUUAAUGAAAAACUUUCAGCCAAAAGUCAGCAGCUUACAGGGUCACACCAGCAGCGUGUGUAGCUGCAAGCUAUUAAUGAGCUUUUCCCAUCUUCAGCUCAGUCAGGUUUGACUGCAAAUAAAUGAUAUAAACAGCCGACGCUCAAUCACCACUAUGUGUAGCUAACUUUAAAGCUAGUUUAAGCCCUGGUAACGACUGAGUUACCAAGAGCAAGACAAUUGGGGCUUAAUAUGGAGAGGUUGGUAACGAGUGAAAAAUGGAAUUACAGUUGACAAAAGCAGAAAUCAUGUUCACAUAACACAACUAUUAUCAAACUAUGCUGGCUGGCAUUAAACAACAAAUGAGUAACAUCUUGAUAUUCAGGCGGAGUUGAUAUCUUCUGCACACAAGACAUUCAUUUGUUUGCAUAAGAUUUUAUUUUGAGCAAACUAAAUAAAUGAUAAAUACAAACAAGUUAUGAUCUUGUGUGCACAAUUUAAAAGGAUGUUCCUUUUUGGGACUUCAGAGGCUCUGUAGAAAUGAGUUUUGGGGACCUCAACCAGGCUGUAAACAUGUUUAAUACUGCUGCAAUGUGCAUUUCAACGCUUGACCUAUUGGGAUUCAUUGGCUUUUGCAAGAGGACACUCAAGGAACUGCAGUUGCCCUUCUGCAUUAGUUUCAUUUUUCAUCACCAGAGAGGUUGCAGCUUACUUGAAACCAGAUAUAUCAGACCAUAAACUCAUGAAGAAAAUGUUUACUGAGGGAAAAUUAUCAGCUGAGCAGUGGGUUCAUUUUCUUAUAGAUCUAUAUAGCAACAGACUGCUCUUUGCAACCACUGGAGUCGCCUCCUACUGGCUGUUAUAAGCUUAAGGAAUUUCUGCCUUGGCUUUACUUUUAAAAACAAAAAGGGUACGUCCACUUCUUGAAGACAAACUAUGACACAAUUUCCCUUCAUUUUUACUCUCUGUGUUACAAUUUUUUUUCUUGCAAAACUCUUGAACAACAAACAAAUGCAAACUUUUGUUUACCUUAGUUUCGCCCACUGUGUAUUCCACUGAAGCCUGAUCACACUUGGCACUUCCCUAAACUAAGCACACACAAACAUUGUGUGUCCACACUACCUCUGCCAACUGGAUAAUCAACAACUCCUGCAUGAUUGUAAAAACUACUUUGAACAGUAGUUUAUGUCAUAGCCUGUAGAGAGAUUUUAUCAGAAUAUUAAAGGAUGUCAUUAUUUGCCAAAAUAUUUGUCAUAGCAAGAGAUUACCUGUUGUGAUGUACGCAACACUAUAUAUGAGCAACACAUGUGCAAUUUAUGUUAUUUAUAUGUAACAAUGUGCUGAAUGUGAGUGCACCAGUAGUAUAUUCUCUAAAGUAGAAGAUGAUGUAAAUUAUUGACCAGAAUUUCAUAUAUGCUCAAUAAAGUCUACUGCAAAUAUAAA